AUGGCGGAUCAAGAGAACCACGCGAGAGUGACAAGGGCCGCCUCCAAGAAGCGGGCUGCCGAGUUGGCGGGGUUACCGGAGGGGGAAGUGGUGACCAAGAAAAGGGUUGUUCUUGGGGUGCUCUCCAACUUGUCUAACAUUGUUGUUUCCGGGAAUAAAGUUCAGGGGAAGGAAAAUCAGAAGCAGCGGCCAAAAGGGAAGCUGAAGACAAAGACGAGAGUUGUAAAGACGGCUUUGAAGGCGAGGAAAGAAGAAACUGAAGAUGAUAAACAGGCGGAUAUUGAUGCUAUAUCAGUUGACCCACAAAUGUAUGGCCAUUACGUAUCUGAUAUCUAUGAAUACCUUCGCCAAAUGGAGGUUGAUCCAAAAAGAAGACCUUUACCUAAUUAUAUUGAGAAGGUACAGAAGGAUGUUACUACAAAUAUGAGAGGGGUUUUGGUGGAUUGGUUGGUGGAAGUCGCAGACGAAUACAAGCUUGUUUCAGAUACUUUAUAUAUAACGGUUUCCUACAUUGACAGAUAUCUGUCUUUAAAUGCCAUCAAUAGGCAAAGGCUUCAGCUUCUGGGUGUAUCUUCAAUGCUGAUUGCCUCAAAGUACGAGGAAAUCCACCCUCCAAAUGUAGAAGAUUUUUGCUAUAUAACAUAUAAUACAUACAAGAAAGAUGAGGUGGUCAAAAUGGAGGCAGAUAUACUCAAGGCCUUGAAGUUUGAAUUGGGGAAUCCAACAGUCAAAACAUUUCUGAGGAGAUUUGCCAGAGUUGCACAGGGGGAUUACAAAGCUUCGAGCUUGCAACUAGAGUUCCUUGGAUGUUACCUUGCAGAGUUGAGUUUGUUGGACUAUGGCUGUGUAAAGUUUCUGCCUUCAAUGAUUGCCGCUUCUGUUAUGUUUCUUGCAAGUUUCAUAAUUCAACCUAAGAGGCAUCCUUGGAGCCCUGUCAUGCAAGAGUACUCAGGCUACAAAGCCUCUGAUCUAAAAGAAUGUGUCCCUAUCAUACAUGACUUGUAUUCGAGUAAAAGAGGAGGUGCGCUUCAAGCAGUUAGAGAAAAAUACAAGCAGCAUAAGUUCAAAUGUGUGUCAACCAUGCCUGCUUGUCCAGAGAUUCCAGAUUCUUAUUUUGAAGAUGUUCAAGAAGUUGCUGUUUCCUUAUUUGAAGAUGUUGACGUUUCUGAUUUGUAA